UGUCCAAAGUUAUCAUUGGGGUGUAAAUAGAAUCGCAAGCCACUAAAUCCUAAACCCUGCUUACCCUGCAGGGGUGAGAGGCUUAAGCCUGAAACUGAAUCAAAUCUUUUAACGAGAUGAAGUUUAGGGCUUCACAUAGAGUCUGUAUAUUCUCUCACUCUACACACCUCAAUUCCCUCCAUAACCAGCGACGAUGCUUCGCUUCAUUUCUUAAAAAACUCCAUAAAACCCCUCAAGCUCGCUCCUUUUCCAAUGGCGGAGGUGGUGGUUCUAAAGGUGAUUCUUUUCUCUUGCCUGGUGCAACGGUGGCUACUUUGCUUAUGCUUGGUGCUCUGCAUGUUCGUCGGAUGUAUGAUGACAGGAAGGUUGAGGAGGCACUGGAGAAGGGAACGGAAUUUGAGUUUCAACCUGAUGUAAAAUCUACAUUUUUAAGAUUGCUGCCUUUGCGCUCCAUUUCCAGAUGUUGGGGUUUAUUGACCAGUGUGGAAAUCCCAGUCUCUCUACGUCCGUAUGUUUAUGGAGCGUGGGCUCGAGCAUUCCAUUCAAACUUGGAAGAAGCAGCUCUCCCUCUGGAUGAAUACACAUCUUUACGAGAGUUCUUUGUUCGCACCUUGAAAGAAGGUUCCAGGCCUAUUGACCCUGACCCACGAUGUCUGGUUAGUCCAGUGGAUGGUACUGUAUUACGAUUUGGGGAGCUUAGAGGAGCAGGGGCUAUGAUUGAGCAAGUCAAAGGUUUUUCUUAUUCAGUUUUUUCCCUGCUCGGUGCAAGCUCCUUUCUUCCUUUGAUAGCUAAAGGAGAUGUGCAUGAGGAGAGUAGUGAACCAGAAAAUGCUUCCAGGGAGAAGAGUAAGAAGUCAUGGCUGAGAGUUUCAUUGGCUUCUCCUAAAGUUUGGGACCCUGUAUCAACAUGUCCUAUAAAAGGCCUCUUUUAUUGUGUAAUUUACUUGAAGCCUGGAGACUAUCAUCGCAUACAUGCACCAGCUGAUUGGAAUGUUCUUGUCCGCCGUCAUUUUUCUGGUUGUCUACUUCCUGUAAAUGAACGUGCAACAAGAACUAUCAGAAACCUUUAUGUUGAGAACGAACGGGUUGUGCUUGAAGGUUUAUGGAAAGAAGGAUUUAUGGCACUUGCUGCUGUUGGAGCAACGAAUAUUGGUUCAAUUGAGCUUUCCAUUGAACCGGAACUUCGGACAAACCAGGCAAGAAAGAAGUUACUGCACUCAGAGCCUCCAGAAGAACGGAUAUAUGAACCUGAUGGUAUUGGUAGGACGCUCAAGAAAGGAGAUGAGGUAGCUGCGUUCAACAUGGGAUCAACUGUUGUGCUUGUCUUCCAGGCUCCCAUAUCACUAUCACAAGAAAAUGGGGAUUCCUCAUCAGAGUUCAGGUUUUCGGUCCAACGUGGGGAUAGAGUCCGUGUCGGGGAAGCCUUAGGGAGGUGGCGGGAUCAGUAGUUUAACUUUUUCGAUUAAUGAGAGCAAUACAGGUUCCAGUUAUGGGAAUAUAUUGAAAGAAACUUGGAUGUUCAUAAAACUCCUCCACAAUCUACCAAGCUAGCACUUUCAUGGAGAUUAGAAAAUGAAUAUGAGAUAAGAAACUACCAUAUAGCUAGGUGAUUAUUGAAUGGGAGUGGUUUGAUGUGUCGUUGUUUGCGUCGAAUGUUAGGAAAUUCUUACAUAUUUGUCCAUCUAAUUAUGUGAGGUGAUUUGAUACUAAUAUGGUCUGUUCAUUAAUCAUCUCAUAAUUGGGUUUACUAUCA